AUGGAUACUGGGGAAUAUGAAACUAAUACAUUGUUAAUUAAUAAUGUCUCGUCGAUCGCUUAUCGUUUGUACGAACCGUCAUCCAAUCUGUCGCAAAACUUCGCCUCGGUCGCUCUUGAGAUUGAAAACUCACUAAGGGAAAAGGGACACAUCGUUUUAUACGAUGCAACCAAAAAGGCUCUGUGGCACUUCCAAUUUAUCCCCAAAGAUGAAAAUUCGGAUGAUUUGGGCGACAGCCUCGAGCUGCCGCCCGAUGUGGCCGGGCAUGGCCUGGUUUUGAGAGAACACGGUGUUAUAGAGCCUCCGAUAAUACAAAAGCCUCGUUCUCAGGGCCUUCAAUCUAGUGGCACGCCCACGAGCCUCCUGUCAACUGCUUCUGCUUUAGAACAAGCCCACCGUCCUGCUCUCUCAUCACCUUUGCAGACCACUGCACCCAUCACGCAAGACCCAGACCCAAGGGCCGAAAAAUCCAAGGCCACAUCGACAGCACAGAGAGCACUCUACGAAAAAUUCAUUGCGUCUAUCUUGUUGACGAUAUCUACCACAUUCUGUCGCCGAGUUGGGGCAGUUCCUCUCAACUACAGGACUGUAAUACUCUCUCCGACGGCAUACAAUGCACAACCACACGGAGUUGCCAUCGGAAGACCACAGAUACUAGGCACUUUUAGGGCGUAUUUGACGACAACGGGAGCAUUGAUGAUAAGCCUGGCUCUGACGAAGUGUAGAGGGAUAUUGUCACUAGAUGACGCUGUUCCCUCGAGUCUGGCCCCCUCUGGCUAUUCUGUUCUUGCUGCCCCCUUUGGCAUCAUGACUGCUACGCAAAAUUUUGUUCCUGGCGAUGGCGGCGUGGCGAGUUUAGCUCAGACACCCAUGACCCAAUUCUUUAAUUUUCGUGGUGGACUUGACGGACAAGAGUCGUUGUGGAAACAGGCUUGCCUACGAUUCUUAAAUUUCCGGGGCAUAGCUGCCUCUACGCUAGGGGGCUGUCUCUGGGUGAAUCUCUUGGUCCCCAAGCCGAAGAACCCAGAUACCAGGGGCGACCAGCGAUCCUCUAGCGCAAGCUCUUCAUUCACGCUGCCAUGGCCAAGGCGUCUAUGCUUCCGCAAGAAGAACGUCGACGCAUCUUCUACCAGCCGCGUGGUAGACACUGUACUGAGCGGCCAUGAAGAAAGUCAUGAUCCACUGGGAAAUGUCAAGGGAUGGCAUGCCUCUGUUACGGAAAGAGAAGAGAAAGUCAAACGAGCCAUGGAGCGUGCCGCCAAUGUCCCCAAGGAUCCUCAACCACAAAGCGCGGAGUCAAAGACACCCAAACCCAGCGGCCUGUCACCCGUGGCCUUGCAGCGUCCCAGUACGGCCACGGCUGGUAUCAUGUACCCGACGCCACCAGAUGGAGUUCACCAGCCCAAUGGCGUGACUCCGUCCAUUGAUGGCACUCUUUCCAGUCCAGGUAACCCAUUAUCCGCUCCGGUCAUCACGGAAGCGGAUGCUGUUCAAAAUGAACCAACUGGAGGAGACAGCGUCGACCAGUCGCCCGAGUUUGCAGAUUCCAAGAGACACCGGAGCGGCAGUAAUGUUCCUGGUGACGGCGAGACCGUCUUUGGGGGUGAUAUAGGAGGAGAUAUGUUUGACGACAAUGACAUUACCGAGGCCGAUUUUAACUUUUUUGACGAGAAGCCAGGCGACAUGGAUGCCGAUCUUCCAAUGGCUGAUAUAUCUAGCUCAGAAAUGGCACUCCCCCCACCGCCCCAAGCCGUUGAAGAGACUGUAAUUCCCGUCGAUACCACGCCACUCCCUCUGGAGCCAACGCCUACAUCGUUGCCUCUUCAUCCUCCUGCCACCUCCUCGGCCCCAACUCCGGCCCAGGCCGCAACUCCCGUUCCCGCCCCUAUUCCUUCUCUACCGCCACCAACUUCUACUCCUCUCCUUGCUCCUCCACUACCUCCUCCUCAGUCGGAGAGAGUAGUGUUUGCCAAACCCGAGCUGAAGCAUGCGAGAAGCCAGAAUGAAGACCCAGCCCGUCGCAGCCGGGGGGAGAUACGGGUAACGCCUGCAAAGCGCGAAUCUAGUCCUUUCGACCCCCACGCGGUGUUUAAGCGUGUGAAGGCAUCUCUUAAAAUGCCAAGAUAUGAUUCCACCACAUCUUCUCAGCCCACAUGGAGAAAGGCCAAGAUCUUUGAGAGCCUCGACUUCGACCCAGCGUUGCCUAUGAUUAAUAAAAAAUACGAGCAAGGGGGGCUCUUCGACCUGAGUGCUCUUUCAAAGGUGGAAAAGAUGGAAAGGCCAAGCAUUGAUCUUCGGACCGUGCCCGAAACUGACUAUCUGAAACGGCAUGGCAAGCUCAGCAAGAAGCCAAGGGAUCGACCCGUUACCCGAAGCACCAUGGCCAAGCAAUAUUCCGCACUGGAGCCGCAAACGUUGACGACCAGCCCAAUGAAACUGGACGGAUCAAUCUCAGGGGAGGACAGCAGCGCUGAAUCGGACCAAGACGACUCCAGCUACACGUCGGACGAGCCUGGCUCUCCGCACAAGGCCAGCAUCAGAUUGAUCAACGCAGACGACGAUAUCAUGUCUCAAAUCACCUCGCUAAGAGAUUGCGAUAUUGAAGAGCCCGAUCAUCAGCUGGCCAUGGAGCUACCGCGGCUAUCCAAGUCUGACAUGAACGGAGUGCCCCUCUCUGCGCUGUUCUCGGAUCCAGAGCCCUUGUUGUUGGAUAUGGCCUUGAAUGACGACGAUUUGAUCCAGAUUGCGCAGAUUGUGACCGAACAAGCAGCAACUGGUGGGCUGGAUAUCUUUAGAGCCUCGGAUUUCGAAGCAGCCACCUUGUCGGCCAGCCAAAAGCGCCAAGAACUAUUAACCCACAGUCGGGACGCCUUUCAUACACUGGAAGAUAUCAUUGCGCAGUUUUUUGGAGACACCAUGCCUAUGCGCUUGAAAGGCUUGUUGGAUAUUCAAGACGUACCGCUUCUGAGCCAGUUCCAGCCGCGGCAGAUGCCCGGCCGAGAAGGAAACCCCGAAGCUCUGCGGCCAAGCAACCUAUAUCAGAUUCCUAGCCCACAUUUGGAAGUUCAAAGGGCAGACACGAAGCUCUCUGUUCUGCCGUCGGCGGUUUCAUUCUGGGAGAGCUUGGGCCUCUCUCCUUCCUCUGGCAGUAAAAACCUCAAUGCAAUUUGCGUCUAUCCUGGAUGGCCUGGGAUGGGAGACAACGUCAAGACCUUUCUUGACCGCAUCAAAAGUGUGUAUGAGUUUUUGAAGCUGGGCACGUUUGAAGUCAUGCCUCUUGGUGCGGAUAUGGAAGCAGGGCUUUUGCCAUAUGAGAUUGAUAGGAUUACCACUUCUCCCGACGCCACUGUGACGGGACAUGGAUCGGCCAUGAUUGAAAGUAUGGAAGUGCUGCGCGGGAUAUUCACCAACCUCGCAAUUACCGAGACAAACUUUGUUAUUUACUUCGUCUACUCGCCGGACAAUCCCGGGACCAUUAUCGAAUCUUGCACGGCGUUUCAGCGAUUCUUUGAAACGUACCAAAAGAUUUUGGCAACCCGAAAGGAGCCUCCUCAGAAUGAACUAGUUUUGCAGCUGGUAUCGGCAGAUCUUCUGUCUUCCCCCUCGGCCUUGGUCGUCACUCCGACUUCAGACCUAGUCAGACUCUGCAUCGAGACCUACGAUCGCUGUACUCUCUUUGGGGGACCAAUGCCUGCUCCGGCCAUUAGACUCGAGCAACUCUUACCACGGAUCAUUGAUUUCAAGCUGACUACUAAUCCGUCAGCAUCGCUCAUCCGCGAGAACUCUUGCAUUCAUGUGGCAUACGCCCAGAGCGUCGACGAGCGGUGGAUUACAGCUGCUUGGACGGACGAUAGGGGAAACCAGCAAGCAACGGCUUCUUAUUGCAUGGGGAGAAAGGGGAAGCAGCCGUCUCGCAACAUGAACGAGAUUGCCAAUGAGAUAUGGGAGACUACGCUUGAAUUGAUCUCUGCGUGGAAAGUCCUUUGGAGAGUCAUCAUCACCAAGUGCGGGCCAAUGCCGCAGCACGAGAUGGACUUUUGGGUUGACUUGGCCCGCACCGAGAUCAACGCCAAGGUAACGGUGGCUUUGCUCACGGUCGAUACGAACCCAUCGCUUCAGCUUUUACCGCCGGUGGUGAAGCUCGCGCCGCCUUCGGCUGCCCUUCACACGCCAGCAUCUACGCCACUACCAAGCGCGUUUUCUCCAGAGCCGCCAACCCCUGCGACUCCCGCCCGCGAAGGCAUGGCAGUCGCUACUCCCUCUGGCGAUGGCGGCACUUCUAAUGCUGGCGCUGCCGAUGCGGAUCUAGAUGCCAUUUUGACCGAUGUCACCGAUCAGACCUGGGGAGCUAUUGCCGGCCACCGGCUCAGCAACUCCACGAGCAUUCUGGAAGUACACCCUGCGUUGAUCAGUGGCUAUCUCAUCAAGCGGACAGGAAUCAAAGUGGAAGAUGCCCCUAUCGUGAUGGAGGUGAAUCUGGUGUACACGGAAGCCAUGCCGCGAGUGCACGAACCCCUUUUCAGAGAAAUGUUGGGAUACUUUAGAGGGCUAGGCACUCUGGCCCGGGCCCGUGGAGUGGUUGAUAGGGAAGCAGAUGUGCGACCCUGGCAUGUCGCGGCGGCCGAAAAAGCCGCGCGCGCAUUGUAUCUGUUAAUGUGA